AUGGUGGUGUUUUUAAGCAAAAAUGUUCGGUCUCUGUUGUCAAUCUUCAAGAAGAAGGGUCAGAAGCAGGAUGAGCAAAGAAAGCUGACUGUACACUACACUGCUUCCCAGCACUACCAGGAGAAUGUGUUCAUAGAGGGGAGCAGGCCAAAAUAUCUGGAGGACCUGCAUACAGAGGCUCAAGAGGGACUGAAGAUACUACAGCAGGAGGAGGAAGACACAAGCUCAAAAGAAAGGAAUGAAUCGCUUGAGAACGAUAGCACCUCAGGACACUCCAUCAUUUCAGUGUCGACUGCCUCAGCAGUCUCUACACGUCCAGUGCUUACACGUCAAGGUUCUACAUUUAAGCCCUUAAACCCUGUUAAACGACUGGAUAAGUCCAAGAGACGGAGUCGAAGAACAACUAUCAUGGGAAUACCACAGCAAGUUCAAAGAGAACUUGAUAUGGCAAGAGGAACUAUGCUGCAGCAGCUUCCAAACAGAGGACAUGACAGUGAAGAUGAUUCAUCUGGAACAGUUGUUCUACAAACAAUUGAUGGAGAUCUCCCAUCUGUAAAUCAUGAAGGGGCUCGUGUACACCUGCAGAACAUUGAAGUCCUUCAGGCAUCAAGAGAUGAAGACUUGCUUUUGAACCACAUCCAUUCUGUCUACCAAGAUGAGUUAAACAGAAAGCUUGGACUUGGAGCAUGCCCUACACAGAGGCCUAAGUCACUUGCUGUGCCAGGGAUGACCACUUACUCUUUCCUACAAGAGCCUCAAGGCCCUGUUAUGUCUAUUUCUCCACAGGCAACAUAUUUAUCUAAGAUUAUUCCAAAUGCAGUUUUGCCAGCUGCAAUAGAUAUCAUUGAAAUCAAUCAUGAUCACAACCGAUGCAGUGCAAGUACAGCUAGCAAGGGUAGUAUGGCAUCAGCUAGCCCAUCUUCUUCACGGUCUGGAAGUGGGACAAAUCAAGCUCCUCCCACUACUAGUCCCAGCAGGAGCAAUUCACAAUCAUCGGAGACUAUAGUCUCUAAUUCAUCCACAAUCUCUUCAAAAGGAAAGUGUCUACCAACCUUUGAUGCUGACAGCGCCAAAGACAUUUCGGUUUUAAUCCCAAAGGACAUGAGUGUUUCGAGCUCAAGCAGUUGGAAAAGUUCUGAGGGGAAAGGUACAAAUCACAGACUGAACCCCAGAGAGUAUGGUGAUGCAGGGGACAAUGUCAGAAACAGCCAUUCGUUCUCCCGUAGUCUUUCUGUUAUGAAGACAAAAUUACCACCAGCACCACCUCAGAGAACCUACUCUCUGCAUCAUGAAAACAUGCAGAGACAGAGAGAGCAGGGAGACAUACAAGAUCCCAAAGAUGUGGCACCAAAUAAUAAUGAGCAAACAAACAGAGAUAUCAGCAGUACAAAAGAAAAUCAUCAGUCCGCUAAAAACAAGAAGAGUUCAGUCCAUUCUUUAGAGCUUAGAUCAGACUUCCACACAACUGUGAAAUCUAGUCCACUUAGUCCUGAUCAAGUUUUCACUGGAAGGCAUGCCAGAUCAGGUAACUCAUCCCCACAGAAAACUAGAGAAUGUGGUGAAAAUUUUGAUAGGACUUUGUCUCCUUCAAGUGGCUACUCAAGCCAAAGUGGGACACCUACGCAUUCCCCUAAAGAGGUCAGUCCCUCCUCACCUGGAAAGAGAAGAGUAAAGCCUUCAAAACCUGAGAGAGUAUGUGCAAAGACUUCACCUGUGGUUUCGGUGUCUUCAUCACUAACAUCUCUGUCUUCAGUCAUAUCAGAUACAGCACAUCAGGACAUUCAAACCAAUACCACUUCAUCGGAACCACUCAAAUUCUCCCCUCCACUUACAACAGUGAAAAACAAAGUUACACCUACACACCAAACUAUUGCUCUUAGGACACUAUUCAACAUUCCCCCACCACCCAAGGUAAAAGCCCCAUCUCCCCCACCCCCUGAAACCUGGGUUCAAAAUAAACAGACCCUUGAACUACUAUGUGGCCCAGGCCCAAACAUCCAUAAGUUGGAGUCAUUAAUAAGUAAAACUCAAAAUAAAAAUUCAAUGCAAAUCAAUGAACAAGUAAUUCCAAAGACACAGACAACAGAAGAAACUAAGACUGAGAACACAGUUGUAAAAGAGCUAACUAAAUCUGCAUCACCACAAGUGCAUAAACAAAUGAUGGUAGAACCUCCAGAUGUAAGGCAUACAGAAAAGUCCAUUUUACAUAAUGAAUUAAAAAGUCCAGAAACACUUGCAAAGGUAAACCAGAUCCCUCACACACAAGAUGAGAAAACGAUAGAGGACCAAAAGGACAGAUGGAGUCAAACACUUCCUACAACAAAUGUACCAUCUAUUAUAGUUGAUCAAAGCAUGCUGUCACAAACAAACUCUAUAGAAAAAACAAAAGCUGCAACUGUGAGCAGCAAUGAGAACCAAAGAAACUGCAUUGUUACCGACAUCGUGAAUCGUAUAUCAGUGCAAACACUCAAUAUAGAAGUACCUGAGGUCAAUGGUGUUUCUCCACCUCCUUCUCCACCUCCAGAACACCACCCUCCUCCCCCACCUAUUAAAAAGAUGUCAGACAUGUCAGUGUCUAUACCACCUUCCGAAAAGGAGGAACAAAAGCAAGUGGAACAAGUAACUUUCCCAGAGUCUUCUUGGCCUCCACCUCCACCACCAAUGGAAGAGUCAACUGAAUUGAUGUUUGAGGAACAAGAUGAGCUUGACUUCCCUCCACCACCCCCUUCAUUCAUACAUGAACCCAUGUCAGAGAUAUCUGACGAUUUUCAUGAAGAGUCAUGUGAAGAGGUCAGUAUAAAAUUAUUGUCAACGAAUGUCUCAGAUAUGGACAGUAGUCCAGAACAAGACUCAGAAAGGCAUACCAUUCUGCCAAAAAGAAUUGUACAAAACAGUGUGGAGGUCAGACAACAAGACAAGUCUUCUGACAGUGUAUCAGAAUUUUUGGAGGACCAAGCUGAAAUAGAAAACACAAAUGUAGCCUCUACGAUAAUAUCCAGUCAUUUACCAGAUAAGAACUUACAUGAGAAGGAAACGCUGGUUUCCACUAGCAUUCCACUUGCACCUCCUCUUCCUGUAGAAGAACAAUCUACUAUUAACUUCCGAAAGCAACUGAGCUUUGUAGAUAAAGACAACAGGAGCAAAGAACUUCUCUGUCGACACAAAAGCACACCUAUUCCAAAGGAGGAUGCCAACAUUCCACUCGUCACACCUUCUUUACUCCAGAUGGUGCGACUAAGAUCUGUAAAUGUUGGUGAAGACCAAGUAAACAACGAUUCCAAACCAAGUACUGAGCCUACAACAAAUGAGGAUCAUAGUAUUUCUAGUCAAGUAACACCACAGAAGCCUAUUCGCAGAUCCCUAACUUUGAAGUCCAACUCACCUGCUAAGUCGUCCUCUGCUUCAUCCGCAGUCCCAUCCAUGUGUCUUCAGGAGGCCAUACGUAUGAAGACUGCAGCAAUGUCCUGCAGUGGAGUACCUGCAAUGCUAAAUCUUCGCUCAUCUUCAGGUAGCAGUGCUACUUCACCCGUGCCAUCUCCUAAAUCACCAGACGGAUGUGACUUGCUAAUGUCCCCUGCAUCUACAGCCAGUUUCAUAUUCUCCAAAAGCACAAAAAGAGUUGUGAUUGAAACACCUACUUCUCCUGAUGUUCAAGCAAGCCUCAAACAGAGUCUUGCAGCUGAGAUAAUGCAGGUUUCCGACCAAGCCAAGACGAUGAUUACAAAUGGAACAAAAAAGCCAAUUAAGGUGCCGCCACCUGUUGCUAAGAAACCAGUGCAUGGAAGCAAUCCUCCAAACAAGAUGGAAAAUGCAACACAGGAUAAGACGGAGAUCUUGACAAAUAAGCAAAUAAUGAGGGUUGAUGUUAAUGGGCAAAGUGAUCAAGUGCAUCCUGCUGGCCAGCGAGCACAAUCAUUAGGGAACCAGGAACAAGCAAGUAAGGAAGCAUUCGCAAUGAACAUGUCAAUUUGUGCAUGA